AACCGGGUCUUAAAGGGCCCUCCGCCCAAAUCCUUUUAGCCUUUUUGCCUACUCGAGGUCCUCUAUCGAAUGAUGUAUGAACGAACGAAAUCGGAGCCGGACACCUGGGGCGGUUCCCUCGUAAGAUAAUUGUACGUACCCCCAUAGUAUGACACAAUCAUACAUCUUCUCGAUGCAGCAAAAUGGCUGCUCACAUUAAUUUCUACGUUUUUGAAGAACACUGAUUCGACGUUUGCGGGGUAAAAGUUUAUCAAUUUAUAAAUAAAUUUUAAUACUAUCUUUCAUUAGGCUUUUUGUGUAAAAAUAGUUUAUUUUGUUUCUAUAUCAACUUUCACCCAAAAAUUCUGCAGAAAACCCUUUUAUCAGGUCACACUCCUAUACCUAUCGAAAAAAUGCCGAAAACUAAGUUCAGAGUCGGUUAGUAUGCACCGUUGAUUUUUACUCACCACAGUGCCCAAUGUUCAAGAUAGAUAAUGUCAUCACAAUGCCAAAUUGAAUCAUGUACCCGCCGAGCUGCAGCACAUUGUUACUGUUGCAAGAAAGGUGUGUGCGCAAAACAUUUUGCCGAACAUGAUCAACAUAUCAAAGACACAGUUCACCCGUUAGUGGAUAAAAUGAAUAUAUUAGCCGAGAAACUGGCUAAAAUUGAAGUCACUCAUCUUUCGGAGCAACCAUUGCAAGAUUUAGAACGAUGGAAAAACGACUGUUAUGCACUGAUAGAGGAUGUUUACUCGAGAAAACAGGUUGAAAUUGCUUUAACGAUACAAACUAAUGCUGAAUUGUUCGAAGAAUAUAAGAGCAAACAAGAGAAGAAGCUGGAACAGAUUCGUGCUGAAGUCGAACAAUUAAUCCAAGAGGAAGAUGCAACAUUCAGUGAAACGGAAAAAAUCAAAGCAGGACUCGAACAAAUUGAAACACAUUUAAAUGAACUGCAAACACAGUUUGUGUCGGUGAAAACACGUUUACCUGAUAAACAACUGGUCACUGUCACUGCUGAUUUGGCCUUGAAGCUGUCACAACUGAAUAUAUCGUACAACAACGGCAAUAAUCAAGAAAAAGGUUUCGGUUGUGCUGCUUUUGGUACUUGUGCGACACCAGGCGGUCAACUGGCAGGUCCUGCUUUUGCCGCAAGCACUGGUUUGGGCUCAUCUCCAAUGAUAGUGACCAAUCCGUUUGUGUACGACCCAUCGAAAAGUAUUGCCAGUGGUACGCCGAAAUAG